CCGCGUCCUCCGCGUCCGGGGUUCACGUUCCUCAGUGGAGGCGGAGGAGGAGGCAGAAGUACAGAGAAGUCAAGCAAGUUGCCCAGUAUUACACAGCUAGUACAUGGCAGAGGGACAGAUGGUCUUGCGGAUGGCUCCACUACCAGGGGCAGAGCUGGUCCAGAGGCCACUGCAGCUCUACCGAUACCUGCUGCGCUGUUGCCGGCAGCUGCCCACGAAGGGCAUCCAGGAGCAUUACAAACACGCUGUCAGGCAGGUGGGAGCAGCAUAUGCUGGGCCAUGGAGUUUCCGAGUUCAUUCAGAUGAAGACAAUCCUGAGAGAAUCCAGCAGAUUAUUAAAAGAGCCAUUGAAGAUGCUGACUGGAUCAUGAACAAAUAUAAAAAACAAAACUAAGACUCCAGGGCCCAAGGAGUGAAGCUGUCCUGAAGAUAUUGAAGUUGAGAGACCUCUCUUCUGGGACUAAUCAGCGGUAGCUGUUCUGGAAUAUCCAUUGGCCUUGUUGGCCGAGAGAGCAGGAAAUUGGGGGUAGGAGAGGCUGACGUUUGCUCAGAUGGCUCAUCUCACCAUGUUCGUGUCCCCAGCGUCCUUUAUGUUUGCUUUUCCAGUCAGUUUAGAUAUGAGAUUUAGGGAGAAUGUGUUUUUCACUUUGCUCUGAAAGUGAUUCAUUUAUUCUGGACAUCAUUCUUUGAGGCCUGGAGUGGGUGUCCUUUCAGAUGGCAGCCUGUACAGAGGACGGGGCAUGAGUUUUAUAACCGGACAGAUCUGGAUUUGAAUCCCAGCUCAGCGGCUUUUCAAGGGUGUUGCCUUCGAGCUCAGUUUCCUCCUUUGUGAGGAUUCAGUACACUGAAGUCAAAGAGCCUAACACUGGAUGUGGUGGCGGGUGGUGCCAAUAAACUUCUCUCUGAGAAAGUCGUCCUCCCUGCGCUCUCUUCUGCUCCCACGGUGCUCCAUGCAGCCCUCUCUAGCCCACUUUAUGUCGGGUCUUAGUUAGUUGUUGUGGACUUGUCCUAUCCCUGCUUGUCGUACCCCCGCAAGCCCCAGAGCCCUCACAGUCCCAUUGCGUCCAGCAGUCUGCCAAGUGGCUACUCUUCCUGACACUGUCUCUCCCUGCCCAGAGAAGCAAAAGCCCUGGUCCUUGCCUCCAUGGAAUUUACAGCGUCCCAGAGUGGUGAAAUGCAGUCUGCCUGAAACAAGGAUGCCAAAGCAGCUGCAGCGGCACCAGUGUUUAGGCUUCUGUGAACCUGCGUUUUGUUUUGACCGGCCUGUCCUUCCUUUGCCACUGUAUUGAAAGGAAAGGAGGGAAGAAGCAAGCAAGCGGCUGUGUAGGUUCUCGUGAACCUGAAAUCGGCAGAGAGAGACAGACCGAGUCUCAUCCCAAUUCCACUCAAGUUGUUCUUGGGUAGCUACCUUGCCUCUUCCAGCCUUGGUUUCCCCAUCUAACCAAUGGAGUAAUGUCAGUACCUACUUCAAGGGCUGUGGUGAGGAGUAAUGGCCCCUAAAUGCACGCCCAGUGCUCGCCCAGCACCUGGCUUGGGGAGCCGGCUGCACAGCAGGCCAUUAGCAGCUACCACUUUUAGAGAGCCCUGCUUUGCAGAUGGGAGAGCCCCUUUUCAAGGUCACAAAGCUACUAAGCCAGUUCUGUCUGAAUCUACCAAACAGUACAGAUUUUGGAGGAAAAAAGGGAAGGAAGGGAGAAAGGGAGGGAGGAGGAAAAAAGAAAGGAGGGAAAGCAGAAGGGAAGGAUCAGGGGGAGCUGGCCAGAGCUGGUGGAGCAGAUGGAAGACAGACAGACGCCACGCUGGGACUUGAGUGUCCCCCAGGACUCUCACCCAGAAGGGUGAUCUAGCAUGUGUUUGUGUCUUUGCAGUGAUAUGACUUAAAAGUGACUUAGAUACAUCUAUGUGCACUCAACUGAUCAGCAAAUAAUGAAGUAAAUAUGUCAAUUUGUGAAAUA